AUGCAGGGUAAAUUUUGGGCAGAAGGCUCAGAAUCUUCUUCAAUUGACUCCUCCAAUAGUGAGAGCGAGAGCUCCUCUGACUCCGAGAUGGAGAUGCAGGCAGCUCGUCGUCGUCAAAGAGAGGUGAACAAUUCAAGAUGGGCAAUAGAUUCUGAUUCGGAUAGCAGUGAAGAUGAUCGUAGAGUUGUACGAGGAGCUAAAGAGAAGUUUUAUGAUGAAUUGAGAAUGAUUAUUAGAAGGAUUAAUAACCACGUAAAAGUAUCGGAUUUCAGUUCUUUAAGUGAUGAGUACGAUAAGUUGCUUAAGUGUAUACAAAAAUCCCAUAAUGUUAUUAAGGAUUAUGGAAUUCCAAAGUUCUUCAUUUCGAUUUUGGUUGAGCUGGAAACAUUUCUUGACGAAAAAUUCAGAGACAAGGAAGCUAUUAAGAAACUUUCCAAGGCGAAAGCUACGAGUUUUAAUACAUUGAGGGCUAAAUUCAGGAAAUCUGUAGAGGAUUACCGCCAUCAAAUGGAUGAUUGCAAGAUUAAUCCUCUUGCUUAUCAGGAUGAUGAUUUAAGCGACAGUGAUUCUGCUUCAGAUUCAUACUCUGAUUCUUCGAAAUCAAAUUCUAACUCUUCUGGUUCUUCAUCCUCAUCCAGUUCAGAUUCUGACUCUGACUCUGGUUCAGAUUCUGAUUCAAAUGGAAGUGACGGUAGUUCUGAUGAGGAUUCAUCUGACUCCUCCUCAUCCUCUUCAUCAUCAUCAUCAGAAUGGUCAUCUUAUGAAGAUGAAUAUGAAGAUCGUCACGCAUCUGCAUUGGCCAAGUGGGGAACCAGGACAAAGAGCGUGAAAAAGGAGAAGGAAAGUGUAAAAAAGGCUCAUCGCCAAAAGCAUGUUAAGAAGGACUUCCAAGAGACUGCGACUAGUGGGGGAACAGGUAAUAAUCUACCUUCUGGAGAUCUUUUAUCAUUUGAAGGUGAGGUAACUGUAGAUAUGAUUGUAGAGAAGGUAGGUGAGAUUGUGGCAGCAAGAGGAAAGAAGGGAACUGAUAGACAAGAACAAAUUCGUCUGUUAAAGAAGGCUGCAGAAAUCUCCAGACCACUCUCCCUUCAGGCAUAUGCAGAUGUACUUACUCACUUAAUAUCUGCACAAUUUGAUACAAUCACUGGAGCUUUUCACUGUAUCACAUCUGGGAUAUGGUCAGAAAUCUGUGAUAAUAUCAACAUAUUGCUGGAUUUAGUCUUACUUAAUAAUAAGGACAAAAGGGUAUACAUUUCAGGUUUCCAAAGCUUCAUUUCUUCCAAGGAUAAGAAAAGAAAGGCAUCUGUAGAGAACUCUGGAUCUGGAGCAAAUUCUGGAAUUGAUGGCCAAGGUAGCAAUAUAGACACUGAAAAUAUAAAUGAUGAAAACUCUUCAAUAGGAGAUGUUGUGGAUCUCAAAGAGCAGGACAAAAGCACUGUCACUUUCUUGGUUUCAUUUAUUGAAAGACUUGAUGGUGAAUCUCUUAAAGCUCUACAGCUUACAGAUGUACAUUCAAGCGAAUAUAAAGAUAGACUUGUCCAGUCACUGCAUCUUUUGGCACUUUUAUGGAGAUGCUAUAAAAUCUGUGAAGAGAGAGGCUACUAUGACCUUGUUUCUAGUCUCUCAGUUCAUUUAAUUAAUCAACUCCACUUUAAAAAUGACUCUCUUGCUGUAAAAGUUUGGGAGUUUGUUAGACAAAUUCUUGAAAAAACAGUCAACUCAUCUCUUAGUCCUGAGGAAUUAAGCGCCAACUCUGAUGCACAAAGCAUGAAUUGCGCGGGUAAAACUCCGGACAUACCAGUACCAAAGAAAUUCAGACCUAGUGAGCUUAUCACAGAGUUGGUAGGAAAUGUUUACAAAUAUGGUGACUCAAAGGACAAGCUUAGGGUUUUAAUUCAGCAUGUAUAUAAUAUGGCACUCCAUGAUAAUUAUAAUGAGGCGGUGAACUUAUUCCAAUCUAUUGGAGUAUAUGACAUGGCACUAGGAUCGGACGUGAACAUUCAGAUCUUGUAUAAUAGAUCCCUGGUACAGCUUGGUCUUUCUGCAUUUAGACUUGGUCAAAUUUCCGAGGCCCAACAGUUACUAAGCGAGAUUUGUAUGCCAAAUAGAAACAGAGAAUUACUUGCUCAGGGGAUGAGCAAUAUGAAAUCUCAGGAAAGAACUCCAGAACAGGAACGAGCUGAGAAGAGAAGACUUUUGCCAUAUCACAUGCACCUCUCACUUGAAGUAAUUGACUGCAUUUACCUUAUUUGCUCAAUGUUGCUUGAGGUACCUUAUUUAGCUUACCACAAAUCUUUGAUUAUGCAGAAUGAAGCAGCGAAUAGCCACAUUAAAUUGAGACCUAUUUCCAAGCAAUUCAGAAGAUUACUGGAACAAUAUGAACGUCAAGCCAUUACUGGUCCCCCUGAAAGUUUGAGAGACACAAUAAUUGCUGCAACUAGAUCUCUACAGUUGGGUAAAUGGAGAGAAUGCAGAGACUAUGUCUUUUCCUUAUCUAUUUGGGACUAUAAUCAGGAAGACUUACAACAAACCCAAGAAAGACUAGAGUUGAACAUCAAACAAGAGGCAUUAAGGACCUAUUUAUUUACAUAUGGGCACCUAUACAGCUCAUACUCUGUUGGGAAUUUAAUUGAAAUGUUCCAGCUUCCACGCGAGAAAAUCCACUCACUUCUUUCUAAGAUGAUGCUUAAGAAUGAGCUACAAGCUCUAUGGGAUCAGACAGGAGAGUUUGUAUUGUUAAAUCACAAACAAGCAAGCAAGAUUCAAAAUGACUCUCUCAUUGUUGCUGAUAAGCUUUUACAGUUCGUAGAUUGUAAUGAAUCUAUGAUUUCUUCUAAAGGUAAUGCAAGUGGCGGUAAAAAUCCCAGUGCUACCAACAACAGAAACUCUGCAGGCGCGGGAAAUCCUAACAAUCAAGGAGGAGGGUCCAGUUCUGUACAAGGAGGUGGACUAAAUACCUCAAACAAUCCGAAUACUUCCAGUAACGUUAACCAGUCAUUCGCUUCUAAUUACUAUUCUAGAAAAACCGUCUCUGGGCAGUAUAAUAAACAUAAGAAUACAUCAUCAUCGUCAUCAUCGGUACCCUCUGCAUCAUCUAUGAAUGUUAGACCAAUCCGUGUAUGA